CUCCUCUCCUCUUCCAGAAAAAAAGUCUCUUUGACCACCACCAUCUUUCUUCCCUUCUUCCUCCUAUCUACUUCAAACUUUCCUCUUAAAUCUCAUUAUUGUUUUCACAUUUCUCCAAACAUAUAUAAACAUUUUUUAGCCCUUCUCUUUGCUAUUUAAUUAUAUGUACACAAUAUACCACCGUUCUUGAAUCUUUAUUCUUCAUUUUGUCUAAUGAUCUAAAAAAGAUUGCAUUUUUGUUUUUCAUCAUUUUGCAAAUAUGGGUAGUUGUUUUUCAAGCUCAAAAGUUAGUGGUUCAAAUAGCCAAACCCCUUCAACAUCCAACAACACAACAACAAACACUACAAUAAAUGUUCAUCAAAAUAGAAGGGAAACAUCAAAGGCAACAACUUCUUCUUCAACAACAACAACAGGUGUUAUUAAUAAUAAUAAUAAUAAUAAUAAUUAUAAUAGAGAUAAAGGUAAUAUUAAUAAAAAAAAACAAGAAAAACAACAACAACCUAGGAAUUCUAAUGUUGUUGUUAAGCCAAGUUCAAGAAGACAAAGUGGGGUUAUUCCAUGCGGUAAAAGAACAGAUUUUGGGUAUGAAAAAGAUUUUGAUAAGAGGUAUACUAUUGGGAAAUUGUUGGGUCAUGGACAAUUUGGAUAUACAUAUGUUGCUACAGAUAAAUCUUCAGGAGAUCGUGUUGCUGUCAAAAGAAUUGAGAAAAACAAGAUGGUUCUUCCCAUUGCGGUUGAGGAUGUGAAAAGAGAAGUUAAGAUAUUGAAGGCCUUAGCUGGUCAUGAGAAUGUGGUUCAAUUCUAUAAUUCAUUCGAGGACGAUAAUUAUGUCUACAUCGUAAUGGAGUUAUGUGAAGGUGGAGAAUUACUGGACCGAAUUUUGUCCAAGGUUGACACAAUUUGUCUAAUCAGAAAAGACAGUCGGUAUACUGAAAAGGAUGCAGCAAUAGUUGUCCGCCAGAUGCUAAAAGUUGCAGCUGAGUGUCAUUUACAUGGUUUGGUGCAUCGUGAUAUGAAACCAGAGAAUUUUCUCUUUAAGUCUUCAAAGGAGGAUUCACCAUUAAAAGCCACAGAUUUUGGUCUUUCGGACUUCAUCAGACCAGGGAAGAAGUUCCAAGACAUUGUCGGUAGUGCAUAUUAUGUAGCUCCAGAGGUAUUAAAGCGUAGAUCAGGACCUGAAUCAGAUGUCUGGAGUAUUGGCGUAAUUACAUACAUUUUGCUAUGUGGCCGUCGGCCUUUCUGGGACAAAACUGAGGAUGGUAUAUUCAAGGAGGUCCUACGGAACAAGCCUGAUUUUCGUCGCAAGCCAUGGUCAAACAUAAGCAACAGUGCUAAAGAUUUUGUAAAGAAAUUACUGGUGAAGGAUCCUCGCGCUAGACUUACUGCUGCUCAGGCCCUAUCGCAUCCAUGGGUCCGAGAAGGAGGUGAUGCAUCUGAGAUUCCACUAGACAUUUCUGUUUUAUCCAACAUGCGGCAAUUUGUCAGAUACAGUCGUCUAAAACAGUUUGCCUUACGGGCAUUAGCUAGCACACUUGAUGAAGAGGAGCUCGCCGAUUUGCGGGAUCAAUUUUCUGCAAUCGAUGUGGAUAAGAAUGGUGUCAUCAGUCUCGAAGAAAUGAGAACGGCCCUCGCCAAGGAUCUCCCAUGGAAAAUGAAAGAGUCGCGAGUUAUUGAGAUUCUUCAAGCGAUUGAUAGUAACACAGAUGGGCUUGUUGAUUUCCCGGAGUUUGUGGCGGCCACUCUACAUGUCCAUCAGUUGGAGGAGCAUAAUUCUACAAAAUGGCAACAAAGAUCACAAGCUGCUUUUGAGAAAUUUGAUGUUGAUAGAGAUGGAUUCAUUACUCCCGAAGAACUUAAAAUGCACACGGGCUUGAAAGGCUCCAUAGAUCCACUUCUAGAGGAAGCGGAUAUUGACAAAGACGGAAAGAUAAGCCUGUCAGAAUUUCGUAGGCUUUUAAGGACUGCUAGUAUAAGUUCACCAACGGUGAGAGAUUCACGGAGAAUGUAGCUUUGUAAAGAUGUAUUAUAAACGGAGAGGUGAACUUCAUCAAGAAUUUUUGUGGGAAUACAAUGCUCGUAUACACGUUCUCUUGUGGAUGGCUUCGGAGAUGAUGGUACUCAGAGACGUGUAACUGCCACGUGGCACUUUGUAGCUGGUGGUCGUCGUGCCAAGUGUGUUUGUUGAGUUUCAUUUGCCCUUCAUAUAAAAGAAUUUGGCAUGAAGUUUCUUUUUUCCUUGAACAACCAGUUGCAAUGUCUGUAAUCUGGUAGUUUAAGUGUAUAUUCCGUCACUUUUUGUGAGUCUCCAGGUUAAGUACUCCCCUUCGAAAUUCUACUAUAAUGUCAUUAUAAAUAUGCCAUCACUGUAAAUUGGCUUGUAUCAAAAAGGUUUGUUCUGUAUGAUUUAAGGCACAAAUUCAGAAACUCGAACUUCAGAA